AUGGACGAAGACCUAGAGUUUCGUGAUAUGGUUUUGAAAAAAAUGGAAGAAAGCGGAUCGUUACUCGGAGUGAAAGCCAACUUACGAGCAUUGUUGUACGAUAUAAUCGAGAACGAACACUCUGCUACAGGCGAUGUAAACGAUGAAAGUGAUUUAAGCUCCAGCACGUUUGAAAAAGAUUCCGAAAACCAGCUGGAUGGGAAAUCUCUUGCGUUCGAAUUGAUGCUGGACACGUUGAAUUCCCUAAAUCUUCAGUACACGAAAAAGAUUCUGCUUGCCGAAACGGGUUAUCGAAGUGCUAAUUUAAGCCGCGAACAAUUGAUGCGGCAAUUUGGCAUUGAUGUUCAACAACCCACGGCCUUCUCGUUUGAUCAACCCGCGCUGAUGACAUUGAUCAACAAAGUACGUGAUGAAAUCGGCGAAAACAGCUCCGAAUUAGGAAUUGUCUCCGGUAGCAAACAGCUGUCCGCAACGGCGACAGAAGAUAUACAGAUUAGCGCCCAAAAUGAUGCAAUAGAUGGGUGA